AUGAAACUCUUUGAUGGGCCUGUGAAAAUCAAUCCAAUGCCAGUUUUACCGAUUGCAACAUCACAAGAACCGAAUAUAAGAGCAAAUGCAACGCAUCCAUGUAUAAAUAAGAGGCUCCAAGCAACAUGCAACCUACUUACCUGGACGGGGUCAAUGGGCGAUCAAGAAGGUCCAUGGCCUAGGUCAGUGACAUCCAUUGCACUGAGGAUGGGUGCUGGCCUAAGGUCUCCCCAAGUUGGGAGAGUCUACGUCAAAAUUUGUGAUAGAGGGGGCUGCGCAAGCCGCGGCCCCUGUCCAACAGCAGUUGAAAAGUUAUAUUUGAUGCGGCACAAGGAAGCGUAA